AUGGGAUUGGACGAAGAGAAGAUCAAGAAGAGGCUGUCGCAGAUAGAACUGGACAUUGACCAGAUGAACCAGAUGAUUGACGACAAUUUGCUGUUGAGCAAGGGCGAGCAGGGUGUUUCGGAAGCAGAAGACGAAGUUAAACAGUCGAAGUUACAUGAGGUUACAGACGUAGAGACUGGUUCAGAUACAUAUGGGGAUGCGGACGAUGGGUUUGCAGUGGAAGUAGAGGAAGGAAAUGGAGACAAUGCGAAGUCUAUUUCAAAUACAGAGGCUAGCGUAGAAAAAGAUGUGCAGGAUGAGAGAGUCGAUAGAGUAGAAGGGUUAGCUGACGUGAUUGAGGAAAACAAUGUUGAAGUCAAAGAGUUAACAAACCAAGAUAAGGAUGGAAAGAUCGAGGAAGAAGAGGCUACGGCUGAGGAAGAUGAGAUUACAGCAGAACAAGAUGUAAAUAAUGAAGGAGUUUCAGAGGAGGUUGAAGACCCACACGACUCUACACACUCCGAUGACGUGACACUCGAAGAUACCACUAAAAGUAACGAUGGUGAAAAAGGUCCACUUGGGGAUAAGACUCAGCCUAUUCAGGAAGAGAAUGAAAGUCAAUGGGAAGAAAUUGAUGAAAAUACGGAGGAGGCCAAAACUACCAGCAUACAGGACAAAAUAGUUGCUCAAUCGAUAGAGACAGCGGUUCCAGCAUUCUCUGACAAAGAAUCUUCUCCUGAUGGUAAUUUAGGUGAAGAUGAUAAAAUUGUCUUACCAAAGAAAGACAACGGUGACAACAACGCUACGAACAAUCCUCGAAUUUUCUCCAACCCAUUCAGAGUUAUAUCAGUGAGCAGCCCCGCCAGUGCCACUUCUAGUCGUAAGAGUUCGUUGGAUACGAAGUCUACGGUUGUUAAGAAAACUCAAGAACAAGAAAACGUAACGAGAUUGCAAAAGAGACACGAUUACCUCAUCAACAAAUGUAUGAAGCUGAAUAAAGAGAUCGAUUACCUGAACAAGAUGAUGCUACAGGGCAACUUAGACGUUGGCGACAAUAAAAAACUGAAGCUUGCCAUCUCCAAAUUGCAACAGUAUUAUGACGAGAAAAACAAAGAGAAAUACGAAGUAGGCGUCAUCCUAAGUAGACAACUAAGAAAACAGAUCAACAAUGGCGAAAACGGUCAGUUCUGGGUCGGAAGCAAAUAA